AUGGACUGCUCCAAGGGAAGCGCGGGCGCGGUGGCCGGCCUCCCUGAAGACCCCCUGGUGGAGAUCCUGUCCCGCGUUCCUGCCAAGUCCGUCUGCCGUUUCAGGUGUGUGUCCAAGGCCUCGCGCGACCUCAUCGACAGCCCUCUCAACCGCAGGAAGCUCCCCCAAACCUUGGAAGGGUUCUUCGUCGUAGACGAGCCGAUGCGCAGCGUCUACGGUGACGUCGGACGUUUUGAUUUCAUCAACUUUCUGGCGAGACCCGUGCCUCUCGACAUCGAUCGUUGCUUCUCCUUCCUGACGAAGCUACCCGAGAUUGAGGCCCUCGUCUACGGAGAUUCCUGCAAUGGGCUCCUCCUCUUGGAACACUCCUGGAAGCGGCAACCGGUUGACACACUCGGCGGGUAUAUCGUGUGCAACCCAGCAACAAAGCAUUGGGGGACCGUCCCCCCCUGUGGCUACUGUCAGCCUAAUUCAUCUUGGAACACCUUUUUGGCUUGGAUCAACAGGGACUAUUGGAAGGAUGGCACCAUCAGGGCGGACCAAAUCAGGUGA